AACCGUAAGCACUAGCAGGCGUCUGCGCACCUAAUUGACUCGCUCGGACCAGUGUACGACGACGCUUUUAUUUGACCCCCCCCCUCCCCGCCCUCCUUUCCCCACCCUGGUGGGCUUCUCCCACACCGAGUUAUGACCUGUGACGUUCAAACAAACAUGCGGAGACGCGUCACGAUUUAAUGUAAAUCCCGCAUUUACUGUAACAUGCAUCAUCAUGCGGGCGACCUGGUGGUUAACGUGUCUGCCUCGCAUUUCUGAGGUUCUGGGUUUGAAUCUCACUCUGGGUUUCCUGUGUGGCGUUGCCGUGGGUUUUCUCCGGCAUCCUCCUGCAUUCUGUGGAAGACUGCAACAGAGUCUAAUGGAAAUAAAUAUUCAUCGUAUAAGAUAUAUUACAGUAGUGACAUUGUUACGUUGACAACUUACCUUUACAUUCAAGUAGGUGUCCAUUGUCUAAGUCUAAUCUGUGCUAACACUUGCAGCUCUGCUUACCUCUUGGCUUUGAUGAUCGUGUUGCCGUUACUUGAAAAUGGCAGAUCUUCUUCCAGCCUAGCUACCAAGUCAAAUAAGUUGUAGGGGUGGUAUGUAAAUGAGCCAAAUUGUGAGAUCACAAUACGGCAAAAUUCUGAACGUCAGAUAAGAAAACAUUUAUUUGGUUGUACAGCUGAGCAAUAUCGUCUUAAAAUACACAAUUUAUUUCCCCCAAAAUCCGAUUUCUAAUUUUAAUUGAUUUUUGUUCCACCUUCAAUUAAAAAAAAAAGACAAUCACAUUAUCCUAAAUUUUGAAAGAGUAGUAGUAGUAAAACACAAACCUUAAUACAUUUGAUUAAAACAUUUGAAAUGUUCUACAACUUAAUAUCAAUAAAUUAACAAAAAUAUUCCCUUUGGGAAUAGAUUGGUGAUCGGGCCGGGUCCCUACACCCUGCGAAUAACGAAAAAUCUGAAUACCUAACACUCAAGUAAGCUUGGAUUCAGGUUUAAAAAAAAAAAAAUAAAAAAAAAAAUCAGUUCUAAAAACGUAAAUAAGUGGGGGUUUCCAUGAAGAACAGGGUAAUAUGCCCCGCGACCCCAAAAAAAAAAAAAAAUCUGCUCAUGGUUGAAUUUGCAAAUGCCGAACUGCAAAUAUGUGGAGGUCCACUGUAAUAUGUAACAACAAAACAGCCAGUAAACAUAACAUGAAUAAUGGACCCCAUAAUUUCAGAAAACCUUUCAAUUCGUCAAUUAUUUAUAAAAAUAACGUACCCACGUGGGUAUAUAUUGAUUUGUGAACAAAUAUGAAAUUGACCAAAAUGUGGAAAUUGGAGGUUUCAGCCUGACACCAGUGAAGAGCCAUUAAAAAGUCACUUUUCCAUAAUGCAGCCCUAACAAAAAGUUUGGGAUUUUGGGCUUUCGGGUGAAGUUUGAGGAUGAACCCAUAAUCUUUACAGGUGAACUUAAUUUGACCUUCUCGAAGCUUUUCGAAUGCACAUGUCCAAAUGUUUCAGUACUUUUUGAAGAACUUCAAAAGCUCUCUAACAAAAUGACAACCUAUCUUGGAUCCACUUCUCUGCCUUUCUGUGACUCUUCUGGUAUCUGGACGUUCUCCGAGGGAAGGCACCACUGAGCUUACAGUGUCAUCUGCAGGUCGCGACAGAGAUACUGGAGGAGUCAUUGAAAAUUAUUAUUAUUAUAAUAUUUUUUUUUUGGUGGCAUUAUGCAACUUGAGCAUCUUUUGCCCGUUGUCGUGCUCGUGACCCGGCGCGCACGCUGGUGUCAAAGUGUUAACGCGGAGAUGGAUGCGUCACUUCCACCUUUUGAAGUCACCGGAGUAUCGGCUUUCAAGUCGUCUUUGAAGGCCGAGAGGGGAGGGGGACGACAGAGACGACGGAGACGAUAAAAAGUGUCGCCGCUCAGCCGUGUUCGCCGCUUUUGCGUUUCCCGUGACAAGAAGUGCAACUUUGCACCAAAACACACCUUAGUGUUUGUUUGGAGAUGGCCAGAUGUGAGAUAAAUCCCUCAGCAGGCUGCUUUUUUUUAUUUUUAUUUUUACUUUAAGAGGGUUGAUGACAGAUGAUGCUGAUCUUUGUCUUUGCUGAAGAGACUCUUUGAUAUGUUUAAUAUGCUUUAUACCUGCGCUUCUCAAACUGGGAUCCAAGAGCCCGAGAUUGGGGCUACACAAAAUAAUUUGCAUUAUAUAAAUAUGUUGUAUCAUUAAAAAAAACAUAUAGGGGACAGGUGUCCCAGUAAAAGAAACACACUAAACCAAUUACUCCUCCCUACAUCAGCUUUAGCCAAUUUAAAGCUCUCAUCACAUAAUUCGGACAUCCCUGCAUGAAUUAAAUCCCGUGUUACGUCUGCACCUGGUGAGUUGCUAAUCUGCGGUGGAUCCCGUCUAGUUUCCUUGUUUACGUCCUUGAGCCCCGUUUCAGGGAUCAACUUGUCAACUUGCGACGUGAAAGGGGGAAAGAAAAAAAAAUGGUGUCACAGCGUCUUUUCUCUAAACCCGUUGACUCACCAUGACAUGUUUGCUUUAGCCAUGCCAAUUGCCCCCACCCACGAAAAACUGAGACACGGCUUCUGGAUCUUGACAUUUAGAACGCACGCCAAUGUGUAAUGUUACCUUUGACCUGCGGGAAUAUCACGGGCAUUGGGAUUUUGCUGCGACAUUGCGGAUUUGUGUGCUUUCACGCAAAGACACGGCAACCAAAAUAGUUGUCCGUCAGAGACAAUUACUUUCCACACAACAGGGUGCGAGAAAUGACCAAGUUUGUUACGGCUCCGAUAAUUACGGUCAAAAAAUUGGCCAGUCGACUUCAUCCCCUAUUCACAGAAAAGGUGUAAAAUUCCCAACAGGCAGUGUGCAAGGGGCUACAGGUUAGCUUUACUAUAGCUUCAUUCACACAGAGAUUGCGCAAAAUUGCCGCAUUAGCGUGCAACCAAGGUUGUUGGCGCCAGUAUCUGGUGUGACGUAUAAAAUAAUUUUCGGACAGUGACAAUUGCUUUCGACACAACAGGAGGUGAAACGACACGUUCCUGUCCCGGAAUAGCUCUGAUACUACCUCCAAAGGUCGAAAUAUUGCUCGUAUGACUUCUUAUCCCCAUUUUGUUUCUUUGUUGUUUUUGUUUUACCCCAGUAAAAAUUUUGGUUCAUCCUUCCAUGUUGAUAAUUAAUGUGUACAGGUUCGGAUAGUAAAUUGGGUACAUUGGCAAAUCAAAGUUUCACACAGAUGGGUCAAAGCAAAAAAAAUAAAAAUAAAAAUAAAUAUUUAACGCACCUGGGGGGAAAAAAAAGACUAAAAAUGGUGUCCGCGGUUUAUGGUAUUCACAUUACCACCGCCUUGAGGUCUGGAUAAGAAGCCACUACUUUUACCUUUACAUUUCCAGUAAAAAAAAAAAAAAAAAAAAAAGUACUGUGUCACCAAUUUUGUCAGAAGAAUGUGCAAAAAAUAAUGGGAACAGUUUUUUAUGAGAAAAAAAAUAGCAUGUAUCGCCACAUUUUGUGAGGUAUAUCUUUGAUGUUGUGUGUUCGGCUAUAAACUGAUCAACUAUGAUGAGUAUUUGGUCAUACAGGAAACCCCCUUCCAUCGUUACGUUUUUUUAUUCUUUUUACUGGAAAUUAUUUUAGGGUCUUCAAACACACCUUUAAAACAAUACACACAUUUAAACACAAAAUAUAUUGAGAGAGAGAGAGAGAGUGUUGUUAGCGUUUUUAGCCUAGCCUCGUGAGAGUCUUGCACUCGUUGUUUUCCCCCCUCAUGCCUGCCACACAUGACACACUGAGCGACACACUUUAUUUAUUUAUCUUUUUAUGGUUUAAUGAAAGUGACACCGUACAAUAUACUGUAUGAGAAGCCGUACACCGGCAUUAUCGUCGCAGGUUGUCCAUAAAUCAAGUGCUAAAUGUGCAGGUGUGAGUCACCAACUGUCAUUUUUGUUGCCGAGGGUCCGUUCCAAGUCGGGUUCGGCCGCAUCGCGCAGUGCGUGGCGGGCUUUAACGAUCUACCGUGGCUGCCAUGGAAAGGAGUCGCAGCAGAGCUCCGCCGACUUCCGCUUCUACAUCGAGAACCACACGAGGAACCCGGACGACCUGAGCCGCAAGCAGGUCCGCAUCUACCAGCUGUACAGCAGGACCACGAGCAAGCACGUGCAGAUUCUCGGGAAGAAGGUCAACGCCAAUGGAGAUGAUGGGGCUCUUCUCAUCGUGGAGACGGAAACAUUCGGCAGCCACAUCCGAAUAAAAGGAAAGGAGAGCGAACAUUACAUCUGCAUGAACGAGAAAGGCAAAAUCGUCGGAAGGCCCGACGGCAGGAAGCAGGAGUGCGUGUUCGUGGAGGAGUUCCUGGAGAACAACUACACGGCGCUGGUGUCGGCCAAGUACAAAGGCUGGUACCUGGGCUUCAACCGCAAGGGCCGGCCCAAGAAGGGCUCGCGCACCACCCAGCGCCAGCAGGAGGUCCACUUCAUGAAGCGGGACCCCAAGGGCCGCGAGGACCCGCUGGAGGAGUUCCGCUUCACGCCCGUCACCAAGCGCACGCGGCGAGCCCGCCGGCUAAAAGCCAGGAGGAACUGAUUGAUCGACAGGCGGUUUGAUGGACGGAUGGAUUGAUCGACAGCACUCAGGACGGCGGACGCUCCACGAACAAUCUCGUCUUGAAAGAACUAAUUUUUAUUUUUCUACUUGACGCAUCCCGCCGUCUUAUUUAUAUGUACGGAUAACGCACAGGAAGCUUUUCGGGACACCGUCUUUGUUGACUGUCAAGCCAGGAGGUGACGCAACGCCGUAAAAAUCAGCCAAGCGGGAUUUAUUGGAAUCUUGUUUGUGUUGCCCCGCGAUGACGAGGACGCCAUACUUUCCACUGGAAGAGGACGCCAUGGAGAUGGGAGGAAGAAGGCGGGACGCCGCCACUGGAAUGACUGUGUUGCUUUGAGUGCAAUAUUUCACACAGCAUUCUAUUAUAUAUAUUUUUUUUUACCCGAUUCCAUGUCUUCCGCCUUCAUCGCAGACGUGCUACUAGACUUGUCCGAAAAUAAAACUCCAGAGGUUUUUGUUUUUUUGUCAGUGAUGAAGACUUCCUCUACCUCCUGGUUUCUUCUUUUCCACUCCCCCCCCCCCCCCCCCCCCCCCCCCCCCUCUGCCCCCCGAGUCAUCAGUGAACUCUUCUUCUCGUGUUUUCUACUGGCAUGCUCCUUGAAUGACUUCCCCGCUUUCUCCUCCUCCUCCUCUCUCCAGUAAUGUGUACUCACCUGUCUACUGUCAACCUUACUAACAACGUGACACACAUUUAUGAUUUUUUUUGUUUUUGUUUUAAAUGUAAGCAAAAAAAUAAUUUUAUGAUUAUUAUUAAGAUAUUUAUUGCCUUCCCUUUGUAAAUAAAAUGUGAUAAGUUUUAUUUGGCCUCUGUUAAUAAAAUGAGGACUAUAUUUUAAA